AUCAUUAGAUGCGUUAUACUUUAUUUCUAAUUAUAGUUUAUAAAUUAAAAUGUAUUUACACUUUUACUUGAUUGCUAAUUAUAGAAGUACUUAAGUAUAUAAAACAUUGAUGACUACUUAUUUAAAAGACAAGUUUGAUUUGUUUAAAGCAAGUUCAUUGAUGCAUUUAAUUGUGUAAGAGUCUCUUAUUAAAUCCAUUUUAAGUUGAAGGUCAUGCAGAUCUCUUUGUGAUAGAUUAGGCAGAAUUGACCUGCUGUGUUGAACUUAUUUACCUGUUAUUAGUACACCACCGUCCUGGCUUAGAGACAAUGUAGAUUAAUCUGUGAGAUUGCAUUUAAAUGAAUACCAAAACAAGCUGUUUUUAUGCUACUACUUUGAUAAACAACAAAUACUGGGAAUAUUUACCGGUAGUGACGUUUCAAGAUUUGCACUCGUGAACUCUGUCAGCCAUGGCAAGCUCAGAACCUGUGAUUAAUAACACAGACCAAUGGAUCGAGGCAAACAAGCAGUUUUUUCUUCCGCCCGUCUGCAAUAAGAUGAUGCACAAAGAUGGCCAGAUGAAGUCGUUCUUUGUUGGUGGGCCCAACCAGAGAAAAGACUACCACAUUGAGGAGGGGGAGGAGCUGUUCUACAUGGUGAAAGGAGACAUGUGUCUGAAGGUUGUUGAGAAAGGUGUACACAAGGAUGUUCAUAUCAAGGAAGGGGAGAUCUUCUUGUUACCAGGCAGUAUUCCCCACUCCCCCCAGCGUGAGGCUGACACUGUGGGGUUGGUGAUUGAGAGAGAACGGGCAGAGGACGAGCUGGAUGGACUCAGGUAUUUUGUUGAGGAGGAUGGUUCCCCAUCUCUUGACUCACUGUAUGAAGAAUGGUUCCACUGUGAGGACCUUGGAGUGCAGCUGGGACCUGUCAUUAAAAGGUUCUUUGCGUCUGAGCAACAUAAAACAGGCAAAGCUUUACCAGGUACAAUCCCUGAGAAUCCUCCUAUAAAGUUGAACUCGAGUCUGAGUCUUCAGUCUCCCUUCCACCUGGCCACCUUUAUCAAAGACAACCGGGCAGAGAUUGACGGCAAGGGAUAUGUGAAACUCUUUCAGAGGGACGAUUACACACACCAGUUUCAGGUGUUCCUUUAUGGGAAGGGAGAGAACUCUGGGAAGUGUGAUGAGGCAGAGACCUUCAUCUGGGGGCUGGAGGGAAGCAGCAGCGUGACCACAGGAGGGAAGACCUACACCCUGUCAACAGGGGAUAACAUGCUCAUCAGACAGGGCCAACAGUACUGUGCCAGUAGACCAGAUGGCGCCCUAUCUCUCAUAUGUUACCAGGAUCCCACUCUUAAGAAGAAAGUGACGUAGCUUCCGAGAUGUCGUUACAGUUCCCUUGCUCAAUAAGACUGUGAUAAGCGUCAUACAGUGAUGGAAAACAAAGUCAAAUUUAUACUAGAAGUUAUAAAUUGAUAUAUUUAACUGACAUGUUUUGGCCAAAAUUGCCUUCAGCAUUUGUGUGAUUUUUUAAGAACAGAAAAUGAUGUCAAUGUUGUAUACAGUGUAUUGUCAUCUGCAACCCGUAUUGUAUGUAUUCAGUUAUAAAUUAAUAUUCAAUUAAUUGUAGUUUUUCAGUUUAAAAAAACUAGAACAAUGUCAGCAUUUAAAAUUAUAAUGGAAAAACUAUUAUUUUGAUGUAGUUACACAUUUAAAUAAAAAAUGUGUAUAUUUUAUUAUUUUAUGUACAAAAUAUAGCAAGAAAACUAGUUUUGUUUUGUAACUCACUUUUUCAUGUGGGCAUUUUUUUUAAGGAACAUUUCCAUAGAACAGAAAAAAAUUUUGAUUAUAUUCUACAUCCUUGAAUAAUUAUUUAAGUAAAAUGAUGUACUUAAAAAAAUAUAAUUAAUAGAGUCUAAAAAUUAGAUCUUUUUAUAAGUGAUACAAAAUUGUAUUGAGUUAAUAUAAAAGUUAAUAUUUAUAAUAGAUUUUAUUACAAAGUUUUGUUACAUAAUCUUAAUAUCUUUUCCACAAUUGAUAGCAAAAUAGAAGCAAAGUCUUGAAAUUAGCUCAUUGAAAGUUUUUAGUGUUUUCAUUAUACACAAACAAAGGAAAACAGGGCCCAGUUAUAUCAAGGAGCUUACAACCAAUGUAAGUUACACAAAAUAAAUCAUGUAUGAUCAGUUUGUUCCUUAAAUAAAGAACAUGUGGACAACUAACCGGUACAAAUAAUUGAAUAUACUUGUAUAUACUGAAUUAGUUAAUUAGUAUUAAGGCUGGUUUAACUCAAAAGGACUAAUGCCAAAAUUGCACAGUUACAACUCAAACUUCUUUAAGAUGAUAAAUAAGAAAGGCUCCAUAUAGAGUGUUUUUUGCUCCAGAUUUUAAUAUAUUUGUUAAUUCUUUGCAAAUGUUUGACAUAAACAUAUAACUAAAUGCUAUAUAAAGUUGGUUUAUUAUUUGCUUUUUAUAUUAUGUGAUUUUGUUUUGCACUGUGUAUUUACAUUACAUUAAUUUGCUUGUUUUACUACACUUACAGUCUUACUUGAAUAUAUGUAAAUAAUUGUACACAAUUUUUUUGUAUAACACAACAAAGAAGAGGUAUACUGGAUUCUCCAUGGAUGUCAGUUUGUGUAAAUUAUGCAAGUGCAAUUUAUAUUUUUAUGCCCCCGGAUCGAAAGAUCGGGGGUAUAUUGUUUUUGGCCUGUCUGUCUGUCUGUCAUUGUGUCAGUCAUUGUAUGUGUGUGUCACAAAACUUUAACCUUGGUUAAAGUUUUAUAACUAUUGCAAUAUUGAAGGUAGCAACUUCAUAUUUGUCAUGCAUGUGUAUCUCAUGGAGCUGCACAUUUUGAGUGGUGAAAAGUCAAGGUCAAGGUCUUCCUUCAAGGUCAAAGGUCUAGUAUCAUUGUAUUUUUCAUUCCUAAAACUUUAACCUUCAUUAAAGUUUGGUCAUAACUUUUUUAAUAUUGAAGAUAGCAACUUGAUAUUUGGCAUGCAUGUGUAUCUCAUGGAGCUGCACAUUUUGAGUGGCUAAAGGUCAAGGUCAAAGGUCAAAUUUAUGGCUUCAAAGCGGCGCAAUAGGGGGCAUUGUGUUUCUGACAAACACAUCUUUUGUUUUUAGCUCACCUGUCAUGAAGUGACAUGGUGAGCUUAUGUGACCGUGUGAUGUCCAGCGUCCGUUGUGUGUGUGCGUGUGUCCGUCAACAAUUUGUUUGUGUAGACAGUAAAGGUCGCAGUUUUCAUCCAAUAUUUAUGAAAUUUGGUCAGAAUGUUUAUCUUCAUGAAAUCUGGGUUGGGAUUGUAUUUGGGUCAUCUGGGGUCAAAAACUAGCUCACUAGGUCAAGUAAUUGAAAAAUCAUCAACAAUUUUUUUGUGUAGACAGUAGAGGUCACAGUUUUCAUCCAAUGUUUAUGAAAUUUGGUCAGAAUGUUUAUCUUGAUGAAAACUGGGUUGCGAUUGUAUUUGGCUCAUCUGGGGUCAAAAACUAGGUCACUAGGUCAAAUAAUAGAAAAACCUUGUGUAGACAAUAGAGGUCGCAGUUUUAAUCCAAUCUUUAUGAGAUUUGGUCAGAAUGUUUAUCUUGAUGAAAUCUGGGUUGGGAUUGUAUUUGGGUCAUCUGGGGUCAAAAACUAGGUCACUAGGUCAAAAACUAGGUCACCAGGUGAAAUAAUAGAAAAACCUUGUAUAGACAAUAGAGGUCGCAGUUUUCAUCCAAUCUUUAUGAAAUUUGAUCAGAAUGUUUAUCUUGAUGAAAUCUGGGUUGGGAUUGUAUUUGGGUCAUCUUGGGUCAAAAACUAGGUCACUAGGUCAAAUAAUAGAAAAACCUUGUGUAGACAAUAGAGGUCACAGUUUUCAUCCAAUCUUCACGAAAUUUGGUCAGAAUGAGUGUCUUGAUGAAAUCUGGGUUGGGAUUGUAUUUUGGUCACCUGGGGUCAAAAACUAGGUCAAUAGGUCAAAUAUUAGAAAAACCUUGUGUAGAUAAUAGAGGUCACGGUUUUCAUCCAAUCUUUAUGAAAUUUGGUCAGAAUGUUUAUCUUGAUGAAAACUGGGUUUGGAUUGUAUUUGGUUAGUCAGGUGAGCGAUUCAGGGCCAUCAUGGCCCUCUUGUUUGUGAAAACUUCUUAAAUAUGUUAUAACUUGAUAACUACCUCUUGCUGCAAACUUGUAUUAGGACAUGCACUGCAAAUGGAGAAAUUUGUUAAUUCUCUGAUGAGCCAUAGUUUUAAGUAUGUAUCAGUUUAAAUUUUUCAUUCCCAGGUAUGUACAUACUAUUGUUUGUUUUUAUUUCAUUUAAUUCAUAUUGUACUAGACAGGCCCAGAGAAAGUAUUUAAUACAAAACAAUAAUCAGAAAUAUGUAUUAUACCAAACAUCAUAUUACUUCUUUAUGGUUUCAGCAGCUCAUACGUGAUUUUAAGAUAGUGCAGUGAUUAUUAGAAAUCAGUCUUAGAGGAAGCUCCGUUUGAUGCAUGUGAGUAGAGUCUUAGAGGAAGCUCUGCUAUGGAAAAAAUGUGUUUGAUGCAUGUGAGUAAAGUGAGUGAAGUGUCGUCCCAGAUUAGCAUGCACAGUCCAUGCAGGCUGAUCUGGGACAACACUUUCUGCUUCUAUUGUAUUUUUCCUUUAAAGGAAGUCUCUUCUUAGAGAAGAUCGGUGAAAAUUUUGUUCAUGAUUAGCCUGUGCAGACUGCACAGGCUAAUCUGGGAUUAUUGAUAAGUUAGAUUUCUUAUACAGAUUAUUUUCACUAAUAAACUUUUAACUCUA